AUGCCCUGGUCUAGAUUUACAGGCCGCUUUCUGCCCAGCGAGCCACCGACGUCGUCGCUGCCCGUCGGUCCCGAUGGCGUAAUCAGCAACGACGGGGGCCCUGACAGCCCGCAAUAUGCCAAAGACGGCACAGUGCUGGCGACGGCCAGCCGCGGCCUGGACUCGGGAGACGGCAACGUCGAUCGCCAGCCCAUCCUCGAGUCGGUCGAUGCAGGCGAGCUGACGCUCGACGAGUCCGCACUCGGCGGCAUGGGCCGGCACCUGGGCCUGGUGUCGACGACGUUCCUGAUUAUUGGCAGAAUUUUGGGCACCGGAAUUUACUCGGCACCGUCGUCCAUCACGGCCGGCGUCGGCAGCGUGGGCGCGGCGCUGCUGCUGUGGGUUCUGGGGCUGGCGCUGUCGUUCUGCGGCCUUUUUGUAUGGCUCGAGUUUGGCUGCAUGUUCCCGCGCAGCGGCGGCGAGAAGGUGUACCUCGAGGCCGUGUACCGCCGGCCGCGCUUCCUGGCCACCAUUGUGUUUGCCGUGCAGGCCAUUGCGCUGGGCUUCACGGCGUCUGGCUGCAUCGUCUUCGCUACCAACAUCGUCGCGGCCGCCGACCGCAACCCGAGCGAAUGGGAGAAGCGCGCCAUCGCCAUCGGCGUCAUUGUCUUUGUGACGCUGGUCCACACGUUUGUGCCGCGCGCCGGCGUGCUGCUGAUGAACGUCGUCGGCUCCAUCAAGGUCGUGAUCCUGCUCUUCAUCAUCGUCACGGGCUGGGCCGUGCUGGGCGGCGCGGUCCGCCACGCUAUCCCCGACCCGCACGCUAGCUUCCGCGACGCCUUUGCGCACUCGGCCACGUCGAGCAACCUGUACGCCACCGCCCUCUUCAAGGUGCUCAACUCGUACGCCGGCUGGUCCAACGCCGCGUACGUGCUCAACGAGGUCAAGCGGCCCGUGCGCACGCUCAAGAUCGCCGGCCCCCUGGGCCUCGGCAUCUGCGGCGUGCUGUACCUGCUGGCCAACGUGGCCUACUUUGCCGCCGCCACGCCGCAGGAGAUUGCCGCCAGCGGCGUCACCGUGGCGUCGUACUUUAUGCUCAAGGUCUUUGGCGCGACGGCCAGCCGCGUGCUCAGCGUCUUCGUGGCCCUCUCGGCGCUCGGCAACGUGCUGAGCAUCACCUUUGCCCAGGCCCGCGUCAACCAGGAGCUCGCCAAGGAGGGCGUCGUGCCCUUCCAGCGCUUCUGGGCCGGCACCUGGCCCGCCGGCGCGCCCUCGGCCGGCCUGCUGCUGCACUUCAUCCCCAGCUUCGUCGUCAUUGUCGCCAUCCCCUUUGGCGACGCCUUCAACUUUAUCGUCGACGUCGAGGGCUACCCCAGCAGCGUCAUCAACGCCUUUGUCGUCGUCGGCCUCUUCAUCCUGCGCUGGCGCGCCCCGCAGGCCCCGCGGCCCUUCCGCGUCUUUUUGCCCAUUGCCUUUUUGUUCCUCGUCGGCCAGUGCUUCCUGCUCGUCGCCCCCUUUUUGCGCCCGCCCGGCGGCAAGGGCGACACCAGCCUUCCCUACUGGCUCUACCCCAUCAUCGGCAUCGUCGUGCUGCUCGCCGGCGUCGUCUACUGGGCCGUCUGGCGCCAGCUGUGGCCGCGGCUGGGCAGCUUUUCCUGGGCGCAGCGGAAGGAGACGCUGGCCGACGGCACCGUCGUCACGACCUUUUACAAGGAGAAGCGGGCCUAG